AUGAAACUGCAGCAGAGCAGCAAUGAUACUGAGCUGACAGACUUUAUCCUGCUGGGAUUCUGGACAUCUUCAGAAGCAAGGGUUCCCUUGUUUUUACUGUUCUUGCUUAUCUAUCUGGUCAUUGUAUUGGGAAACAUCAGCAUGUUAACUGUCAUUAAAAUAGACUCCAGACUUCAUACACCAAUGUAUUUCUUUCUCCAAAAUUUAUCCUUUUUAGAUCUCUGCUAUUCCACAGUCAUUGCACCCAAAACUCUAGCGAUAUUUUUAUCAAAGGAAAAGAAAAUUUCAUAUAAUGAAUGCGCAACACAGUUCUUUUUCUUUGCUCUUUUUGUUGGAACAGAGGGUUUCUUUUUGGCUGUGAUGGCAUAUGACCGCUUCUCAGCCAUUUGCUCACCUUUCCUCUACCCUGUCCAUAUGUCUCAGCCAGCUUGUAUUCGUUUGGUGGCUGGCUCCUAUAUCUGUGGAUGCAUCAACUCCAUGGUGCAAACAGGAUUCACCUUCAGCUUGCGUUUCUGUGGAGAAAACAGACUGGACCACUUUUUCUGUGAUGUCCCAGCUCUCAUCAAGAUCUCAUGUGUUGACACCUUUGUGAAUGAGAUUGUGCUGUUUAGUCUCUCUGCUCUCAUCAUCAUUUCCACCAUAACCAUCAUUCUGGUUUCCUAUGCCUACAUCCUUUCCACUGUCCUGAAGAUCCCUUCAUCCCAUGGCAGAAGUAAGACCUUCUCUACCUGUGGGUCUCAUAUAGCAGUGGUGAGUUUAUUCUAUGGAACUGUGUUCUUUAUGUAUGCCCAGCCUGGGUCUAUCUCCUCACCAGAGAAAAGCAAGAUUGUAGCUGUGUUCUACACGCUUAUCAUCCCAAUGUUGAAUCCUCUGAUAUAUAGCUUAAGAAAUACAGAGGUUAAAAAUGCUUUGAAAAAGAUAUUGCUGAGAAAAUUACUCUGGCAUUGA